AAAAAAAAAAAUUGAAAAAUAAAAAAAAAGGGUCCCCUCCAAAGUCCAAAGCAAUGGGUAAGGUAGCAAUUGCAGAAAUGAAGAGGAAGAAGAAGAAGGGGCGACCGCCCAAGGCCCAAAUUCCCCUAAUUGCCCCUCGCAAUCCCAUCAUUCUCGACUCUCCCCCAAUCACCUACAGCCGAUCCCACCGCCGGAACCCUAAAUUCUACAAUAUUUCGCUGCGAGAUCGCGGCGCCGACGCCGAAGACGACGACGACGACGAGCGCAAGGAGAAGAAGGUCAAGCUCGUCGUCCGCCUCCCCCAAUCCGACGAGAAGGAGACCCCCAAAAUCAAUCAGAAUCAGGAGAAGGAUUCCGCGAAUUCGGCGUCGGAGCUGGAACCCGAGCCGGCCUCCGAAUCCGAACCGGAUUCUCGCGACGCGAAGAAGCGGAAGAUCAAUGACGUCGAUCACGGAUCUGAAGGCGCGGUUUCAACUCAGGAGAAAAAAGAUGUGAAAGCGACAGACACUCAGCAACAUGGGUCUCCAUUGGAGUCUGGUCCCACUCAGCCUUUGCCAGACAAAAAGUUGUUGGUGUUCAUUCUUGACAGGCUUCAAAAGAAGGAUACUUAUGGGGUAUUUUCUGAGCCUGUGGAUAUCAAUGAGCUGCCUGAUUACUUCGAGUAUAUUGACCAACCGAUGGAUUUUGGGACAGUCAGGAAGAAACUUAAUCGUGGGGCUUAUAAGAAAUUGGAAGAACUCGAGGCUGAUGUGUUUUUGAUAUGCUCGAAUGCUAUGCUGUAUAAUGCUCCAGAUACGGUCUACUAUCGACAGGCACGAUCGAUACAAGAAAUUGCAAAGCGAGAUUUUGAGAAUCUGAGACAUGAAGGCGACAAUGGUCAACCACAGCCUAAGGUUGUUCGUAGAGGCAGGCCCCCGGGUAACAAGAACCAGAAGAAAUCUCUCGAAACAUCCCCACUGGAUCGUGUUGGAGCUGACCCGUCAUCAGGUGCAGCUCUUAAUAACGUGGUAGACAAGGCAACGGGAUCUAACUCUUACAAUCUGAGAAAGGGACCUGCAUUGUAUAGAUACCGGCCCAAUGACCCAUACGUGUCAUCAUACCGGCCAAGAAAUGGCGAACACUACCCUGAGUUUUCGGGAGACUGGAAUAACGAAUUUCCAGCAUCCAUUUUAAGGGCUGACAUGAAAUAUGGCAAGAAACAGUUUACCAUUGAUGAGAAUAGGCGUGAUACAUAUAGGGAAUUCCAUCCCCUGUCUCCGACUAACAAUCCAUCUGCUUUUGCUAACUCCGGGGGAGAUAUGAAGCAACUCAUGAUGGUGGGCCUGCAGGAGUCCUUUGCAUACGCUAGAAGCCUGGCCAGAUUCGCUGCAAAUCUUGGCCCUGUUGCUUGGAAAGUUGCAUCGAAGAAGAUAGAGUAUGUCUUGCCUCCCGGGACAGAAUACGGUCCUGGUUGGGUAGCUGAAAACGGAGCCACUGCAUCACAGCCACCGCCUUUCCCAAGCACCCCCGCUCCUGACUUCAGAGCUACUGACCUAAGCCCUUCCGUUCCACACGGCCUUUCUGAAGAGAUGGUCGAGGCCGUCAGGAGGCUCAACAGCCAGAACGAACAAGGCUUACAAAGCAACACCUCUCCAUGGAAAACACCAUUUCCACCGGUCCAGCAGAACCAUAUGUAUCAUCAGACUCAUAUUCAGAGAAAUGGGUUCAGUGGAAUGCCCGGAUAUGAUGCACAGACGUCGAGGCUGUCCGUGCCGGCAAUGGAAGGGUUUCAAUUCCCUUCUCAGGUCAUAAACCCCAUGCUGCAGGAGAUGCCGGCCGAAGGCGAAAUGUGGACGUUUGGCAGGUCGUCUUGGCCGGCCGUGCCAGCUCAGCACGGUCGGAGCCUUGCAGGUCCGCCCGACCUCAACAUGAGGGUCCUGGCCGGCUCGCCGAGUUCCAGCUUGCAGAUAGGCUCACCUCAGCAGCAGCCAGAUUUAGCAUUGCAGCUCUAAACACUAAAUUCGUUUGCCAUUUUUUGGAAGGAAUGAAGCUAAUUUUAUGACUAUUGGAAUAGGAGACAGUUUGUAAAUGUUUUUGUAUUUCCUAAUUGAAACUACAGGGUUAUAAAGGUCUGAUGAUAGAGCA